AUGUUCCGUCUCCGUCGGUACAGGGUCUUCCUGAUAGUCGCGGUCCUCUCCAUCAUCACAAUAUAUGAACUCUCUCACCUGAGGCGCUGGGAUGGCACUACUCUAGAAGGUCUCAUUGGACACAAGCCAGAAGUAGACAAGACGGAUACCCCGAAUCGAGUGCUGCCAGACAGCCCUGCUCCUGGCACAGAGACCACACCCCCUCCUCCCGCCGCAGUGUCAGUGGAGGCGGCGGUGACACCUGUUCCCGAGGCCGCGGUCAGCUCUACCAUUCCCCCAUACUCCAGUCCAACAGUGACGGGAGAAGAGUUCUUAGCGAAACUGCCAGACUUCGAUGAGGACUUUGGUGAAGAUGGUCAGGGCCGUUACGAGGUCAAGCCUAGGCCGCCAGGCAUAGGCAAAGCCAUAUGGAGAUCUCAACCGGCACAGUUUCCCAUCACCGCCGAAAGCCUAAUCUCCCUUCCUAAGGGUAAACCGCAGACCUUGCCCAAGAUACAACACAGUUUUGGUUGGGAAGCGCCAUACACGAAGGCCAAUCGGAAGAGGAAGCAGACAAGGAUUCGUGAGGCUUUCAAGCAUGCCUGGAAUGGGUACAAGAAUCACUCAAUGCCCCAUGAUGAACUUAAGCCGUUAUCCAGGAAGUCGGCAGAUCCGUUCAACGGUUGGGGGGCCACACUAGUCGACUCACUAGACACUUUAUGGAUAAUGGAUCUACGUGGUGAAUUUGAAGAAGCUGUGGCUGCUGUGUCACAGAUUAAUUUCAGGACGUCCGCCAGGAAAGACAUUCCUCUUUUCGAAACUACGAUCCGAUAUCUUGGAGGUCUGAUAGCAGCUUACGAUAUCAGCGGAGCCAAAUACCCGAUACUGCUCGAAAAGGCAGUGCAACUUGCCGACGUCCUUCUUGGUGCCUUCGACACGCCUAACCACAUGCCCAUCGGAUAUUACAACUGGGCACCUUCCUAUGCCUCGCAGCCGCACCGAGCAGGUGCCCAUACCGUCAUGGCCGAACUGGGAUCCCUCGCUGUGGAGUUCACCCGACUGGCACAGAUAACCAAGGAGCAAAAGUAUUACGAUGCGAUUGCACGCGUCACUAACGCCCUUGAAAAGUGGCAAAUGGAGACGGAAAUCCCGGGACUCUGGCCCUUGAAGCUUGACGCUUCGGGGUGCAAGAAGCCCGAGGUCGAAAGGACUGCAGGGCUGGGAAGAUCAAGUAAUCCUAACCCCUUCCGACCAGACGAGGUUGGUGAAGGCGAAGAGCCAGCCAUCAAUCCGUUCAGUGAAAAGCCACAAGCGGAUUCACCGUUGGAGCUGGAGAAAAGCAACACUCUCCCCAAAAGGGAGGCUGAUGAUGCUCAGUCGGAAAAACAGCCCAAGAAGACAGAUCCUAAGCCUACCUUGGAUAAGCCUGUGGCUGUGGGCAAUCAGGAUUGGGAAGAAGAUUAUGCGAGUGUUGACUGUGCAGCUCAGGGGCUCAACUAUGAGCCUCACUCUACAAAGCAUACCUACGGCAUCGGGGCCAUGGCUGAUUCCACGUAUGAAUAUUUGCCAAAAAUGUUUGCACUUCUCGGGGGUCUGAACGUACAGUACAAGUCGAUGUACCUGGAUGCCAUGGACGCCGUGCGUCGUGAGCUUCUUUUCCGACCCAUGACCAAAGAAAAUCACGAUAUUCUAUUUACAGCCAAACAGGUAAUUGCACCAAAAUCGGUCGGCACUCUGAAAGAGAGGGUCACAGUCUACACAGGUAGCCACCUUGGCUGCUUUGCAGGCGGCAUGUUUGCACUUGGGGCCAAGCUGUUUGGGAUAUCAGAAGAUUUGGACCUGGCCGAGAAGCUAACAGAUGGUUGCGUGUGGUCGUAUGCCUCUACUCCGAUUGGUGUAAUGCCAGAAAAAUUUGAGCUGGUGCCUUGUGAUAGUCUUGCAUCGUGUGUGUGGAACGAAACCAAAUGGCACGAGGCACUGGACCCUUACCGGGAGGAUAGGUUUCGAGCCGUUGAGGAGUAUAACGCCAUGCAAAAAAGCAUCCAUGAUGAAGCGAUGCACGCGGUCGAAGAUGCCGCGGCAGAGCCGGUGUCAGACCCGAGCAUGAAGAAGCGGGAUGAAAUUCCGAAGUCCGACGGGACCGAUCCCAGCCGGACCAUCUUCACUGAUGAUGAUGACGAUGUUGAUACACAAGGUGGGAGAGAAGGAGCAGGUAUACCCGCUCCGCCGUUCGUGCCCAGGGUGGCGCUCUCACAUGAGAAAUAUGUGGCAGCAAGACUAUUAGAAGAACGACUACCGCCCGGAUACACCAAGAUUGACGAGCGAGACUACAGACUACGGCCUGAAGCGAUCGAGUCUGUGUUCAUCAUGUACCGCGUCACGGGAGACGAGUCGUGGAGAGAAAAGGGAUGGGCCAUGUUCGAAGCAGUCGAGCAGGCCACGAAAACCGAGGUUGCGCAUGCCGCCAUCAACGACGUCACCAGCCAGUUGGGCGAACAGUCGGACUCGAUGGAGUCGUUCUGGCUGGCCGAGACGUUGAAGUAUUAUUAUUUGUUGUUCAGUGAGCCGGAGUUGGUCAGUUUGGAUGAUUAUGUUUUGAAUACCGAGGCCCAUCCAUUUAAACGACCUGCAAGCCAUUGGUACGGGUGA